AUGAAGGGCCUCCUCACACUGGCUUGUUUCCUGGCUUGCAGUGUGCCUGCUGUCCCAGGGAGCUUGCUGCAGCUGAGGGUGAUGAUUGAGAAGGUGACUAGGAAGCCCGCCCUGAUGAGCUAUGGCUUCUAUGGCUGUUACUGCGGCUGGGGGGGUCAAGGAACCCCCAAGGAUUGUACUGAUUGGUGCUGUUGGAUGCAUGACCACUGCUAUGCGCAGCUGGAGAAAAAAGGCUGCAAUGCCUUGACACAGGUGUACAGAUACAGAGUUGCAUGCGGCCUGGUCACCUGUGAACGUGGGUCCCUCUGCCAGAUGCAGCUCUGCGCCUGUGACCAGCAUUUCGUCUACUGCCUGAAAAGAAACAUAAGGAGCUACAACCCUCGUUAUCGAUACUUUCCCAACUUCCUCUGCAUCUAG